AUGAGUAAACCGGUGACCCUUGCCACCUGUAUUGCCAAGAUGUACGAGGGAGCCAAGUUGGACAACUCUGGCGCCACAUCUGGAAGUCCAAAAAAGCCCAAUUCAACUCUUCAGGGCACUUUGGGAAUUAUAGAAGGAAAGAUAAAGCACCUUGAAGGACGGGUGGAUCAGAUCGCCAACACUCAAACUUUGGUCCUCCAGAAGCUGGACUCUGUGUGUCAAGGAAUGAGUGCUUUGGAGAAACACCUGGCACAAUUCAAACCGGACGCCCCAGCACGGCCUGUUUUAAAAUCCACUCAUAAAAAUGCAGACCAUGUAGUGGUGACGGACUCGGCUGUGAUUUCAGAGGUUAAAAGUCUUUGUGGGGAGACGGUUUCACUUUUGAAGGGCCUCAGGCAAGAAGGUCAGCUUCAGAGAAAGAAAAUUGAAGGAAUAGAAAAUUCCGUAUCCACGCUGGAUAAAGUGCUUGGAUACGUUGGCGAAGCGUUUCGGAGCUCAAAGAUAGUGGAGUUUAUUCUCAGUGGUGUUGUACCGUGGAGAAAGCAAGGCCUUUUGAACGCAGCUGAAGACGAGAAAAACAGAGCAGAUGAGGAUGGUGCGAAGGCCAGUGACAGAGAAACUCAAGCUCCCGAGGAGAUUAAAGAGGAAGCUGCAGUCCCAUGUGUGCAUCAGGAGCAGAACGUACAUCCUACAGCCUCUGUUACUUCCUCUACAGCCGGAACAGACGAGGCCGUGUUUCCCAGCGGUGGUUCUAAAACCCAGCGCAGGCCGAAGGAGGUGACGCUGAAGAGCAGAGAGCCGGACCGUGUCCAGGCCUUCGCUCCUCAGAGCCUCACUGAGCCCGACGAUCAACAAGAUCACAAAGAUCAUGAGGAGAUCUCUGUGAUUGAGGCUCCACAGCACCAGAGACUUGUUCCAGAGCAGAACGAUGUUUCUACACCUAUCGAGCAGCCCUGUAUGGACUCCAUUGUAAGAGAGCAGGAGAAGCAAGAGAGUGAAAAUGAGCUAAAGACUGAGGAUAAGCCCUGUCCUCCCAGUAAACACCAUUUGCCUGUGGGAGAAAACCUGCAGGCUGGUGAUCAACAGAAGGAGCCAUCUGCUCUUCAGACUGCACAGAUUUCUUCAGAGACUGAAGCUCAGUGUCAACCAAAACCUGAACCAGGUACCCAAAAGGCUUACACUGAGAAUCCUGACGCAGUGGUGGAAAAGGCAGAGACAUCACAGAACCAAACAGAACCGUUAAAAGACAGUGAAGAUCCAGAAUCUGCACAACAGCAACCGGCAAAGUCCAAAUCAACAGGCCCGGAUUUGCAGUUUGCUAUCAUUGACGACUGCCCACCGCGACCGGCUCCGUUCGAGCACCGCAUCGUCAGUGCCAAGCAGGUUGCCCUCGGCUCCUAUUACACAGUACAGCCCAACCAGCUGCUGGGAGGGGGGCGUUUUGGCCAGGUUCAUAAGUGCGCCGAGCUUUCUUCAGGCCUCACUCUUGCUGCCAAGAUUAUAAAAGUAAAAGGGAUGAAAGAAAGGGAGGAGGUGAAGAAUGAGAUCGGGAUGAUGAACCAGCUCAAUCAUGUGAAUCUUAUUCAACUCUAUGAUGCAUUUGAGUCCCGGACGAACCUCACACUCAUAAUGGAGUAUGUUGAGGGUGGUGAGUUGUUUGAACGCAUCGUCGACGAGCAGUACCAGCUGACUGAACUGGAUGCCAUCGUGUUCAUGCGGCAGAUCUGUGAAGGGGUUCAGUAUCUCCAUCAGCAAUACAUUCUGCAUCUGGACUUAAAGCCUGAAAACAUACUGUGUGUCAGCAGCACCGGGAACCAGAUCAAGAUCAUUGAUUUUGGACUUGCUCGAAAGUAUCGUCCCAGAGAAAAGCUGAAGGUAAACUUUGGGACUCCUGAGUUUCUGGCCCCGGAAGUAGUCAACUACGACUUUGUAUCAUUCCCGACAGACAUGUGGAGCGUCGGUGUCAUCACGUACAUGCUAUUGAGUGGCCUGUCUCCAUUCCUGGGUGAAAAUGACACAGAGACCAUGAACAAUAUUCUUCAUGCCAACUGGGACUUUGAUGCUGAGGCGUUUGAGAAUGUAUCCGAGGAGGCCAAAGAUUUUAUCUCCAGAUUGCUUGUCCCUUCUAAAUGUAGUCGGCUAAGUGCAUCAGGCUGUACGAAACAUAGCUGGUUGAAUAACCUGGAGGAAAAAGCGAAGAGACAGAAGGUCCGUCUCAAGUCCCAAAUGAGACUCCAACGCUACCUAGCAGCUCAUCGGCAGUGGAAGAAGCACUUCUAUGCUGUGGCAGCGGCCAACAGGUUGAGGAGAUUCCAGCAGAACAGAUCCAUCAGCACAUUGUGAUGAAAAAGGAAAAGAAAACGGACUUUCCUAUAUCACGCCUACUGAGCUUCUGUAGAUAAAUGGACAGUCAACAUGGCACUACUAAAAUGUGCCCAGUGGAAGUGUUUCCAGUUGUUGUUGUAGUGAGUGAUUACAAAUAAUAUUUGGUUAUGGGUGUAGCUUAAAUAUUUUAUUGUACAUUUACACUGCAGGAAAGCAAAUUGCUUCUUUUACCAACAGGUUUAGAUGUCCAGGGUGAAGUGCAUGCAGAGUUAUCAGCUAGGUCAGUGCCCCAGCAAAAUGUAAGUUCAGAUAUAUUUUAGUGUAUGGAUAUCUGGGUUCAUGUUUCUUAGAAGGUAAAUACUGAGAGACAGUGUACUUAGUCCUAAUAACUGUUCAUACACACUUUAAAUAGGAGUACUUAUUCAAACAGUGUAUUUAUAAAGUAAUCACCAAAAUGAAUAUUAUUGACUAAAACAACAACUGAAUUUCUAACACAGUGGUAAAUAUUUCAAUAUUAGCUUCAGCCUUCAGAGCCUUCGGACCUUCAUUCAUUCAUUAAUGCAUUAAUAUAUUGUCUGUUUUACUGCCGCUUUAUCCUGGUCAGGGUCGCUGUGGGUCUGAUUCACUGGUCGAAAGGCAGGUAACACCCCAUACCCGGGCCCUUCUUGCCUUGCCCUGGCCCAGGCUUUGGACAAUACCAUAGCAUAUAUUGCAUUAAAUAAUUUAGCUUUUCAUCAUCAUCAUCAUCUCAGCUUAUUGAUUUCAGGGUCGCAGAGGUAACAGGGCAAGCAAAGAAGCCCAGGUGGGAUUCCCAGGUGUUCCCAGGCCAGUGGGUCCUGGGUCUAUUACUGGGCCUCCUCCCAGUUGGCUGUGUUUGAUAUACCUCCAACAUGAGGUGUCCGGAAGGCAUCCUUAUUAUAUACCCGAACCACCUUAAAAGGCUUUUCUCCACGGGAAAUAGCACCAGUUCUACUCCAAGCUCCUCCCAUAUCGCACAUUCAGUCAUGGAAAGAACACCCAGCAACCCUCCAAAAAAAGCUCAUUUUGGCCACGUUCAUCACAUUCUUUCGGUCAUUACCCAAAGCUCAUGACCACGACCAUAGGUGUAGGUGGGUACAUAGAAUGACAGGUAAAUUCAGAGCUCUGCUUUAUGGUUCAGCUCCUUCUUUAUCACUAUGUUCUUGUACAGCGACUGGAUUACUGCCCACACUGCACCUAACCUACAAUCGAUCUCACAAUCCUUCAUCCCAUCACUGGUGAACAAGACCCCCAGAUACUUGAUCUCCCUUUACUGGGAGAAAACCAUGGCCUCAGACUUGGAGGUGCUGAUCCGCAUUUAGUUGUUGCCUACUGCUUUAAAAUAAUACAAAACUAAAAUGAUUUGCUUUGCUGCAAUGUAAAUAAACUGUUAGCAAAAUGUAAUAAUUUAUGACGAUGUUUUAAGAUUUGGUGUCAAUUAAUACUUGUGUGUUAAAAUACGUUGUAAAUACUGCAGAAAUGCCAUGUUUUCACCACGCUGUUCCUUCAGGAGUGUGUGGUGUUUGCUGCUGGACAUCGCAAAUAGUCAUGUAAAAAACUUAUUCUUCCUUCUGUGAAGGAUUUCAUGGACUCUUGCUGCCUCAUACCAAUGUUUCAUAUCAGUGAUUUAUUUCUGCAAGAAGGUUUAAAACUUAACAGCAAUAUUCAGCCAAGGGAUUUUUCUUCUUCCUAUAAUUCACUUGUUCAGCUUUGCAAUAAAUCGGUGUAGACGUCUCUGA